GCGGCAGCAGCAGCAGCAGCAGCCGCCGCUUGGAUAAGAGAGAGGGAGGCAGCGGGGCGGGGAGGGAGAAGCGUGCGCGCGAGCCGUGCUUGCCGGCUGCCUGCAGAGAGGCGAAGGCGGCGGCGGCGGCGGCAGCAAGCAGCAGUAGCGGCGGCCGCUGUGGCGGUAGCAGCGAGAGCCCGAGCAACGGCGUCGUCGGCGCAUUUGGACAGCUCCCUUCUUGGCGCCGCCAGCAGCAGCAGCACCACCACCAUUAUGUCCCCGCAGCGCGCGGCGGCCGCCUCCCCGGCAAAGGCCGCCGGCGCCGAGGAGGACACGGGAGGAUGAGGACAGGAGGGAGGCGAAGGAGGAGGAGGAGGAGGCGCAGGCGGUGGGAGGCGGACGAGGCGAGGCAGCGCGGAGGAGGAGGAGGAGGCGCAGGCGGCGGAGGAGACGCGGAGGAUGAAGUGGAGUGUCCGGGGAGCCUGCGCCGCGCUCUCCAGCUGCCUCCUGCUCGCCUGCGCGCUGAGCGCCGCCGCCGUGGGCCUCAAGUGCUUCUCGCUGGGCUCCGAACUCAAGGGGGAGCCCUUCCGCCUCGGCAGCGCCGCCGGAGCCUUCUACUCGGGGCUGCUGCUGGCCACCGGCCUCUCGCUGCUGGGCUCCGCGCUCUUCUGUUGCCGGCAGCCCGACGACCACGCCGGCCACAGCGCCUCCGCCGAGGGUGCGGGCGGAGCGCCCCCUCGAGGGCACGCGGGCAGCGAGGUGGUGGCGGUGCCGGUGAGCGGGGAUUCCCAGGCGCCGCCUCAGGCGCCACCCAAGGCGCCCGCCAACGGGCGGCAAAACUUCCUCCUGCUGGGGGCGCUGGUCUUCAUGCUGGGCGUGCUGAGCGCCUUCGCCGGCGCCGUCAUCGACGGCGACACGGUGUCGCUGGUGGAGAAGAAGUACUCGCACUACUGCCUCCUGCAGGCCGGAGGAGGAGGAACCGCAGCGGGAGCAGCGCCCGCCCGGGCCAGGCCUGCGGGCGGCCCCGACGGCUCGGCAGCGGCGCUGCGCUGCCAGAAACUGCGCGACUAUCAGCGGGGCUUGGUCAUCUCCACCAUCUUCAACGCCCUCGAGUGCCUGCUGGGGCUGCUCAACCUGCUGCUGGUCAAGAACUACAAAGCGGCCCAGCAACGGGGGCUGCGACGGCGCCGACGCCGACGGCACGACCACCACGUGGCGGGUGGGCGGCGGAGAAGGCGCAGGGGGCCCGGGGGGGCCGGUGGUGGCGCCGUCGGUGGGCGGCGUCCGCAGCGCCCCAGCCAAGGCUCCAUCUUCUCCAGCGAGGACCCCGAUGUGUCCCCCGGGGGCGAUUGCGCCUUCCAGGCCGUGUCGUACAUCAACGUCGGAGUCUUCCACGUGUUCGACGAGGCCGGCGUGGAGGUGCACUGCGGAGGCCACCCUUCCAUCGAGCUGCCCGGCUACUCUCCCAUGGACCCCGACCUCCAGGUGUCCUACCCGUAUUGCUACCCGUUGCCCAACGAGCAGCCUCCGGCCUACGAGGAAAUCUAUCCCAGGGAGCCCUGUGCCAACCGCAUCUAGGCACCACCGGCCAGCGCCCUUUGGAAACCUGCCGCGCAGACAAUCGGCCUGCUGGACUGAAAGGGGCAGGAGCCGAAUUGGGGCAGAGCACGAACACUUUAUUGGCAGGACCAGUAGUAGCACAAGGUGAGGCCAAAGCCACAGGUAGUAGUGGUGUGGACUCCUCCGGGAACCCUCCGUCUAAAGAGGCAGGUGUCUGUAAGAUUCCUAGCAUGAGACAAGGCUGGUGCGCGCUGUUGGGGCGGAUCUGGUGGCAAGUUGAAACAUUGGUCCAGACCACUUUGGCUUCGUUUUUCUGAAGAUCAGGCACACUUUCUCUUCACCGCCUCUUUGAUGGAGAAGUCUUGAACAGAGUUAAAAGAAAGUUGCCAGUGUUUUGCAACCUGUUGGAGGUUUCUCCAAUAUGUCACUUGUCGAGAUUUCUCUUUUCCUGCUCCUUUUGGUUCUAUCACUAAAAUCUAUAGCUACAUACUAGAGGUUUUAGCAAAGUGCAUUUUUCUCUUGGGUUUCUUAAAGAUGGCUGGGCCUACUUGGGGAUGAUGCUUUUAGUACCUUUUAAUUUUACCCCUUUUCCCCCUUAGCCUGGUGGAAUCUUUUCAUCCAUCUCUUCUUCGAUAUCGAUGGAAUGGCGAACAUUUCAGGGUUGGUUUACAGUCAUAUUUGGCUCGGAUUUGUUUUGAUUUGUUUUACCCACACACCUGCCCCUCCCUUCAAAUGAAUCUUCAUGAUAGCCUCAGCUUUAAGAGUUACGAAAUUGUGUCCUUAGAAAGCCAGCCAGAAAAGAAAAACACACACAAAAAAUGUAAGGAUGAAUCUUUCCCUCUCAAGCAAAUAUAUUUCUAACCAUGAAGAGAGACCAAGAGCAGUUUCGAUCCAAGCCUCUUAUGUUUACAGUAUUCCUGGGAGAUUUUAUGUUUUAAGUUUAAAAUCCAACGAGAGUUAAAACCAUUGUUGGUCUUGUAAGAUGCACAUGAUAAACCUGCACUUUCAAAAAAGGGGGGGGGAAUCAACAGCAACAUUUUUGUACACUAAUGUGCCUGCUUUUUGUUGAUAAUUUCUUACUGUAAAAGCUUUCAAAAAGUCUAUAGUGAAAAUGUUUGGUAAAGUCAUUGCAACGUAGAAUUAACAAAUCAGUUCCUUUACUACAAUAGAAAUGCUAUAUUGAAUAGAAGGAGAGUCCAAAUCGUCUCAUACAUUCCUUUUUGUAAACAGGUUCUGUGUUUUUAAUGCAAAGCAGGGCUUAUAUUUAUUUUUUAUUUUGUUUUAAAACAGUCUAAUCCUAUUUUGUACACAUGCAGCCAGUUAUUCUUGUAAGUAGUUUCAUUUUAGUGUUACCAGUUAAUUAAUCUGAGAAGCUUGAAUAAUAAGUUUUUAUUUAAAUAUAAAUACAUAAUAUAUACAUAUAUCUAUAUAUGCUUUAAGCAGCCUUAACUGACGGUCACAAUUUUCAGCGGAGUUACCCAAACUCCUUUGAAGUAUGGUUUUUUUUUUAAAAAAAAACAUAUUCUAUAUCAUUUAAAGCUGACAGAAUUCAACAGGUGAGCAUUGAAAAUAAUAAUACUGCAUUAAAAAGGUUCCGAUUAUAGUGACUAAACUCUUGUCUAGAUAUUUUAAUAGUUUCACCAAAAAUGCUCUUUUGGAGGCAAAGCCACGAGUGACACAGGAGACCCGUGACUGACUCUCAUGACGUUCAUUUUGCUUUUAAACAGUUGCAAGGGGCUCCAGCUUCGUUUCGAAUAGCAAUGCUGGGAGAGGAAAGCAUUUAAUGUUUUCAUCUUCAUCAUUUCUCUGAUCUAAAUGCGCUACCCCUAGAACUGGCUUACGUAGCCCUUCUAGAAUACUGGAAUUUCCCUCUGUGAGGCUAAAAGCAUAUUCCAGGGCAAUUUAAAUUGGGAAACUGGCGAGAGGGAAAACAUAAUCUCACACACACCAACACCAGCAUCGCUGCAGUUAUCAAAUUCAGAGCCCAUUGCACCUGUUUUUAAGAUGAAAGAAAGGUGCAUUGUGAGAUCUGGUCACAAAUCUCGUGCAUCGUGGGUGGUUUAGCCCUCAGUCUGCUAGAGAAUGUCAAUGAAUCAGGUAGCACAGGGAAGGCAAUUAAUUUAUUUUAUUUUUUUGGAACACUGGCAUAAAAAGGAAGGUUUAAUUUAGAGCUGUUCAAAGGGAUGAAAGAGAGACACUUCAGCUCAUAUUGUUCACUUAUUAUUCUUGCCACUAUGUAUUAAGACAGAAUUCCAUUUAAAAUUCCACCCCUUCGUUAAGCUCCUUGUAGCAGGGAGCUUGUCUGCUGCUUAUAUUACUUUGUAAAGUGCCGUGUAAACUGACGGCGCUAUAUAAAUAUUAAUAAUAAUCCAUUUUAGGGCAGACUUCUGUGGAAUGUGAGCUUUAUCAACAGAGGCAAGCGUUAAAGGAAAACAGUUCUUGUCCUAUUUUUGCGAUGUACAGAAGAUUAUUUUUUUGAUUAAGGAUCUGAACAAAGUCCAAAAUCUGCAGCCUUAGAUUAAAAGUCCAACAGUCUUGAAAGCCUCUCUGCACUACUUUGUUAUCUGAAGUUGUUUCGACUUGCACACUUUGUAUAAUCUAAAAUGCAAAAAAAAAA